GUCAAAAGAAUGGAUUUUACAGAGGCUUACUCUGACACAUGCUCCACGGUUGGACUUGCUGCCAGGGAAGGCAAUGUUAAAGUCUUAAGAAAACUGCUCAAAAAGGGACGUAGCGUUGAUGUUGCUGAUAACAGGGGAUGGAUGCCAAUUCAUGAAGCAGCUUAUCACAACUCUGUAGAAUGUUUACGGAUGUUAAUUCAUGCAGAUUCAUCUGAAAAUUACAUUAAGACAAAGACUUUUGAGGGCUUCUGUGCAUUACAUCUUGCUGCAAGUCAAGGACAUUGGAAGAUUGUACAGAUUCUUUUAGAAGCUGGGGCAGAUCCUAAUGCAACUACUUUAGAGGAAACCACACCACUGUUUUUAGCUGUUGAAAAUGGACAGAUAGAUGUGUUAAGGCUGUUGCUUCGACAUGGAGCAAAUGUUAAUGGAUCCCAUUCUAUGUGUGGAUGGAAUGCUUUGCACCAGGCUACUUUUCAGGAAAAUGCUGAGAUCAUAAAAUUGCUUCUUAAAAAAGGAGCAAACAAGGAAUGCCAAGAUGACUUUGGAAUCACACCUUUAUUUGUUGCUGCUCAGUAUGGCAAGCUAGAAAGCUUGAGCAUACUUAUUUCAUCGGGUGCAAAUGUUAAUUGUCAAGCAUUGGACAAAGCUACUCCCUUGUUCAUUGCUGCUCAAGAGGGCCACAUAGAAUGUGUCGAGCUUUUGGUGUCCAGUGGUGCAGAUCCUGAUCUUUACUGUAAUGAGGACAAUUGGCAGUUACCUAUUCAUGCAGCUGCACAAAUGGGCCAUACAAAAAUCUUGGACUUAUUAAUACCCCUUACCAAUCGCGUUUGUGACACUGGGCCAGACAAAGUGAGUCCCGUUUAUUCAGCAGUGUUUGGAGGGCAUGAAGAGUGCCUAGAAAUGUUACUACAGCAUGGCUACAGUCCAGAUGCCCAGAUGUGUCUCAUUUUUGGAUUCAGUUCUCCCAUGUGUAUGGCUUUCCAAAAGGACUGCGAAUUUUUUGGGAUUGUGAAUAUUCUUUUGAAAUAUGGAGCCCAACUAAAUGAACUUCAUUUGGCAUACUGCUUAAAGUAUGAGAAGUUUUCAGUGUUCCGCUACUUUUUGAAGAAAGGUUGCCCAUUGGCACCAUGGAACCAUAUUUCUGAAUUUAUAAGUCAUGCAGUUAAAGCACAGAUAAAAUACAAGGAAUGGCUACCAUCUCUCCUGCUUGCUGGAUUUGACCCACUGAAUCUGCUAUGCCCUUCAUGGAUUGACUCAGUCAGUGAUGAUACCCUUAUCUUCACUUUGGAGUUUACCAACUGGAGGAGGCUUCCUCCAACUAUUGAAAAGAUGCUCUCCACUCGUGCCUCAAGCUCUUCUUGGGCUCUGCAGCAACAUAUUGCCUCUGUUCCGUCCCUUGCCCACCUUUGUCGUUUGGAAAUUCGGUCCAGUCUAAAACCAGAACACCUACGAUCUGACAGUUUUAUCUGUCAGUUGCCACUUCCUAGAAGCCUCCAUAAUUAUUUGCUCUAUGCAGAGGUUCUGAGGAUGAAUGAAGUUCCAGAAUUGGCAGUUAUUCAAGAUGGAGAAAUCAGUGAAGCUACUUAA